UCUCCAGAGUGAACAGAAUAUUAAUUUGGAGAAACAAACAUGCCACGAAUUUGGAUCCCCCUAGUGGGACUUCUGUGCUUAUGCUGCUGGGUAGCCAUGGCAGAAGCAGACUACUUGAAGUACAAAGACCCUAAACAGGGAUUGAAUGUGAGAAUCAGGGACCUUAUGAAGCGAAUGACACUUGAGGAGAAGAUCGGUCAGAUGAUGCAACUAGAUGUGACUAAAUCUACCCCAGAGAUAAUGAAGACUUAUUCAAUAGGAAGCGUAUUGAGUGGUGGAGGAAAUGGGCCUCGUCCAAAUGCUACCGUUACCGAUUGGAUUGAUAUGGUUAACAAUUUGACGAGGGGUUCUCUGUCUAGUCGUCUGGGGAUUCCGAUAAUCUAUGGAAUUGAUGCAGUUCAUGGUCACAACAAUGUCUAUGGUGCAACAAUAUUCCCUCACAAUGUUGGUCUCGGAGCAACUAGAGAUCCUCAACUUGUGAAGAGAAUUGGGGCUGCAACUGCUGCUGAAGUUAGAGCUACAGGCAUUCCUUAUGCUUUUGCUCCAUGUAUUGCAGUCUGCAGAGAUCCAAGAUGGGGUCGGUGUUAUGAGAGCUAUAGUGAGGAUCACAAGAUUGUUCAAGAUAUGACAGAGAUCAUACCUGGGUUACAGGGAGAUCUUCCUGCUAAUGUUAAGAAGGGAGUUCCUUAUCCUAUUGCAAAGGACAAGGUAGCGGCUUGUGCAAAGCACUUUGUCGGUGAUGGUGGCACAGUCAGGGGCAUUGAUGAGAACAACACUGUGAUCGAUUGGCAUGGAUUGGUCAGCAUCCACAUGCCAGCUUACUACAACUCCAUCAUCAAGGGUGUUUCGACCAUCAUGGUCUCCUACUCGAGCUGGAAUGGGAAAAAGAUGCAUUCCAACCAACAACUUAUUACCGGCUUCCUUAAAGACAAUCUAAAGUUCCGGGGCUUUGUCAUCUCAGAUUGGGAAGGCAUUGACAGAAUUACACCCACACCACAUUCAAACUACACAUUCUCUGUCCAAGCUUCAGUUCUUGCCGGCAUUGAUAUGAUCAUGCUUCCUUACAACCACACCGAGUUCCUCGAUGCCAUGCUCCUCCUCGUGAAGAGCAACGUCAUACCCAUCAGUCGGAUUGACGAUGCUGUCAAAAGGAUUUUGAGAGUCAAGUUCACCAUGGGUCUCUUCGAAAACCCUAUUGCUGAUAACAGCCUAGCCAACCAGCUGGGAAGUCAGGCAAACAGAGAUAUUGCAAGGGAAGCUGUUAGGAAAUCGUUGGUGCUGUUGAAGAAUGGAAAGAAUCCAAAUGAGCCAUUGUUACCCCUCCCAAAGAAGGCACCCAAGAUCCUUGUUGCUGGAACUCAUGCUGCCAAUUUGGGUUUACAAUGUGGUGGGUGGACCAUUACAUGGCAAGGAGGCAACGGAAAUAACUACACACUUGGUACUACCAUCCUCACUGGCAUCAAAGCUGCAGUUGAUCCGAGCACUGAAGUUAUCUACAAUGAGAACCCAGAUGCUAACUUUGUCAAGUCAAAUGGCUUCUCUUACGCCAUUGUUGUUGUGGGUGAGCCACCUUAUGCUGAAUACUUCGGAGACAACUUAAACCUCACAAUCCCAGCCCCUGGACCAACCAUAAUCAACGACGUGUGUGGAUCAAUCAAGUGUGUUGUAGUCCUCGUAACUGGUCGACCUGUUGUGAUUGAGCCAUAUGUCUCCUCCAUUGACGCCCUCGUAGCUGCAUGGCUCCCAGGUUCAGAAGGCCAAGGUGUGGCUGAUGUUCUUUUUGGGGACUAUGGGUUCACCGGAAAGCUUUCCCGUACUUGGUUCAAGACUGUUGAUCAGCUACCAAUGAAUGUUGGGGAUGCACACUAUGACCCACUCUUCCCAUUCGGAUUUGGGCUCACAACCAAUCCAACCAGUGGAUAGUAAAGAUCAGUCAAAUUUAGAGACCUGUUCUCCACCUAUUUAUUAUUGUUAUGGUUUCAAAAUGGGAAUUUUGUUUCCCCAUCCAGUGAUCCAACAGAUAUAUACUAAGUUUCCUAUUCCCUGUCAAGGAAAAUUUAACAGAAUACCAUGGUUCAAGUCUAAAAUUCAAUACAUAAUGAAUAGACUUCAGUUUAAAUAUAU